AGGACGCAUCGCUUACCAGCUGUAUUUGCAUUAUUUACAUGAGAAAUCAAAUUGAUAUGGCUGUGUUUCACUUUGAUGGUUUUAUGUUUUUACUAGUUUUUGCUUCAACUGUAACAGCACAAAAUUGUGAUUUAACCGUUAAGGAUAUGAAUUUUGGUGACCCGAAUCCAAACACUGAUACCAUUCGGUAUGUCACAGAUGUAGAUACAACAGUAGACAUAUUCUUUGCUUAUGUUGGGAAUAAUGGUCCGGACAACCUCCCAGCAGGCACUGCAGGGGAACACUUUGAAAUCAAGAUGUACAUAUCUGCCCUGGACGACUCUGGUAAUAUGGAUGACCCGGAAGAGGUGACUACAUAUAUCAAUGGAGAUUCAAAAGUCGACGAGCUUCCUGCAUCAGACGAAAAAUCAUACGCCAGUAAUGGUUUCACUAUUCAAUAUCAUUCAUCAAAGUGUUCUACUCACAGUCAUUUAUGUCUUAAGAUUGUAAAGAAUGGAGUAUACACUGAUAAUGAUCCUACAAAUGACUUUCAAUGUUUACCAUUCGUUAAAGGGGCAUCUACAGCGGCUGUAGGAUUGACCAACUGCCAAUCAGACGUUAUUCCAACAUCUAUCAGUGUAUCUGACCCAAAUCCGGCAAAUUUCAGCUCAAAUGAACCCGUCAAUGCUACCUUCAGUGUUAACCUUCAAAACGCAGGUGGAACGAAAGUACCGGGAUCAACAUCAACCUCGGACAACAUCGCAUUUUCCAUCUUCAUUGCUGAUACAGUGAGUGAGUCUGCAUCGAUAAAGAGCGACCUCACCGACUCGCUAGUGUACACAUGGAAUGACGUCAGUACCGGUAUAGAUGAAUGGGGAGAAGUGGCGUAUGAUAACUUGAAAGUGACAAUAGCCAUCCCGGUAUUGGAUUGUGACCAAUAUCAGUAUUUGUGUAUAGUGUUCGAAAAAGGUGUAAACGCGGCUUUUGACGACGAUGAAUCGAAUAAUUUAGUAUGCAUUCCGUUCAGUGACUUCGGGAGCAUUUCUUGCCCAGUGCGAACCACCACUGCCCCAGUCCGUACCACACCUAUAGCCAUUGCGUCUACAUCUAAAGUCAUUUCAACGACUGGAGGAGCGCCAAAUGUGACUAUGUCCGAGGGAAACACUGGUAUAGUGAACAUCCAUGUCGGGGUUGUUGUGGGUAUUGCUCUAAGUUGUGCCGUUGUUGGCGCAGGCCUCGCAUUUCUGGGCCCAAUUGUAGUCAAGAAAAUUCUUGUGAAAAUCAACACAAAAAAAGUAGACAUUACAGACCAUACACCAGAUGAUAAAACACCAGUUAAGGCGACAGAUAUUAAACCGACGCCAGACGGCAAUGCUAAUGGUGGAGCUGUAUUAACGGAACCAUGA